AGAAAGGGUUCGCCAAUGCGUCACUUCCGGUUGUUGCCCCUUUCUUCUUGCGUCUAUCGGCUUCGCGAGCCGCGUGAUUACACAAGCCCAGAUGAAGGAGUCCAUUAUGAACCAGGAGAAGCUCGCCAAACUGCAGGCGCAGGUCCGCAUAGGUGGCAAGGGAUCAGCACGCAGAAAGAAGAAGGUGGUACAUCGAACAGCGACAGCAGAUGACAAGAAGCUGCAAUUCUCCCUCAAAAAGCUGGGUGUCAACAAUAUAUCUGGCAUAGAGGAGGUGAAUAUGUUCACAAACCAGGGCACAGUCAUCCACUUCAACAACCCUAAAGUGCAGGCAUCCUUGGCGGCCAAUACCUUCACCAUCACAGGUCAUGCUGAGAACAAACAGCUCACGGAGAUGCUCCCCGGAAUCCUAAAUCAGCUGGGAGCCGACAGUCUCACCAGCCUAAGGAGAUUAGCGGAGACGCUGCCCAAGCCAAUGGGGGAGAGUAAAGCACCUAUGGUCGCUGUCGAAGAGGAGGAUGACGAAGUUCCUGAUCUUGUUGAGAACUUCGACGAGGCUUCAAAGAACGAAGCGAACUAACAAACCCCAACAAACACAAACUCUUAACUCAUUUUAUUUGUCCGUUUUGACUGCAAGUCAAGUAGAUUUGCGUUAAAAUGAGUAAAGGUCAACCUUACUCUCCACUGCAGUAUAACACCUCUACACCUCUCGUCCAUCUUAACGCUGCCACUCCUUAUUUGUGAUCCCAACACACUCCACGUGUUCUUUUGGAGCUAUCGCAUAAUAAAGAUUACAUUUAAACCAAA